UUUAUCCCCGCACUCAGAAACUUAAAUAGACAGACCCGCAAUCGACCCAUUCUGCCAGCGGACAAUCAUGGUCAUGUCUUCCAUCGCUGCAGCCAGAGCUUUUAGGGUGACCUGCCACCGUCAGCCAUCCUCCCUGCGCGCAUUCCAUUCGCCCUUCGUUGCACUCAAAGCAACCGAGAGCCCCCUGACAUCUGCUCCAGCUCCAUCUGCGACGCUCUCACCAAUAAGCGCGCCCUUAUCGUCGUACGAGAAACAGGAAGAUCAUUACACCUCUGAACCACACAUUUCUUCUUCCGGAACGCGUAUGUAUGUCGUAUCCGAGCCCGACCCUUUAAACACUGCAUACGAGGUUCCCUAUGGUGCUUACCCCACUACUGCGCCCUACGCCAACUACCCGCUCGCGGAUGGACCCCCGAAUCCAGAGGGUAAACACAGCUCUACGAGUUCGACCCUUCCCCACCCUCAUACUACAAGCGCCCAUGCCGUUCCGCAGAACAAAUCUGGCAUCGGCGAGAGUGCUGCCUUGAGAAAUGCAGAGGCACCAGGUGAAAUGGGUAGGAGGGGUGGCAGCUACGGUGGGUUGGGAUUGAUGGACGAGAAGACGACCACCAGGAGGACUCGUGGCAUCGAAUUUGGAGAAAAAAAGAACGAACAGUCGUUUCGUACCUUGAAGGAAAACAAAUGACGUAAAGACAUUACUCUCUUCCUUCGGUUCGGUGCUUUGUUCUGCUCGUUCUCCGUUUUUGCCUUCAUCAUGUUCUGACUUGCUUUCUUCGCCUUCGAAUAUGCGUACGCAUCUUCGAGUAAUUAAGUGCUUUCUGUGUUCAUAUCGUCCCGUAUUGCUUGGAUUUCCUGUAUUAUGUUUGCCCUUCCACAGCUGUCUCGUAGGCCUUUCUAAUAGGCCUACGUUGACCUGACACUGGUCGCCUCCUUUGAUGCCUUGGUAUUUAC